GGCUUGUAGCCCCUCUUUUCCCCGCUUGAAAGCUCAUUUCUUUCCACCACCAUUGCCACUCGAAGCGAGAGCCUUUCUCCGAGAAAAAAUGGCUGUAGAGAUGGCUUUAGUAAAACCCCUCUCCAAAUUUAGCAGCACACCCAAAUUUGGAAAUCCAAGAAGUUUCUCCUACCCCAAAUUCAUUACCAUCAAAAUGUCAGCUACUGCAAAGACAACAAGUAGCCCAAAGCCAAGGAAGAAAGGUAACAAAGGUGAAAUCAAAGAGACUCUUUUGGCACCGAGGUUCUACACCACUGAUUUUGAUGAAAUGGAGACCCUUUUCAAUACUGAAAUCAACAAGAAAUUGAACCAGUCUGAGUUUGAAGCACUUCUGCAAGAAUUCAAGACUGACUACAACCAGACUCACUUUGUGAGGAACAAGGAGUUCAAGGAAGCUGCUGAUAAGAUGCAAGGGCCUUUGAGACAGAUUUUUGUUGAGUUCUUAGAGAGGUCUUGCACUGCUGAGUUCUCUGGGUUCCUUCUCUACAAAGAGCUUGGAAGGAGACUCAAGAAAACCAAUCCAGUGGUAGCAGAGAUUUUCUCCCUCAUGUCCAGGGAUGAAGCCAGGCAUGCUGGAUUUUUGAACAAGGGUUUGUCUGAUUUCAAUCUGGCAUUGGACUUGGGUUUCCUAACAAAAGCUAGGAAGUACACAUUUUUCAAGCCAAAGUUCAUUUUCUAUGCUACAUAUUUGUCUGAGAAAAUUGGUUACUGGAGAUACAUAACAAUUUACAGACAUCUCAGGGAAAACCCUGAGUACCAGUGUUACCCCAUUUUCAAGUACUUUGAGAACUGGUGCCAGGAUGAGAACAGACAUGGUGAUUUCUUCUCUGCAUUGAUGAAGGCUCAGCCUCAAUUCCUCAACGAUUGGAAGGCAAAGUUGUGGUCACGUUUCUUCUGCCUAUCGGUGUAUGUGACAAUGUACCUCAACGACUGCCAGCGAACUGCUUUCUAUGAAGGCAUUGGACUCAAUACCAAAGAAUUCGACAUGCAUGUCAUCAUUGAGACUAACCGCACCACAGCGAGAAUCUUCCCAGCUGUGCUUGAUGUAGAGAACCCAGAGUUCAAGAGGAAGUUGGACAGGAUGGUGGAGAUUAACCAGAAGUUGCUUGCUGUUGGUGAGAGCGAAGACAAUUCCUUGGUCAAGAACUUCAAGAGGAUUCCCCUUGUUGCAGCAUUGGUUUCUGAAAUCUUGGCUGCAUAUCUAAUGCCACCAAUCGAGUCUGGAUCUGUUGAUUUUGCAGAGUUUGAACCAAAACUUGUUUACUAAUACGGGUUUAGCAGAUUUGCCAUAUGAAACGGAGGAAACAUCCAUGCAACUGGUGUCCUUUUGUAAUGUAAUUGACCCUGUUUCAGUCCUCUUGAGACCAUCUAUAUUUCGCCCUUCACUCCAUGUUGCUGAACAGAUAUGGGUUGUAAACUUAUAAUAUACAAAGUUUGCAAGCGGAUUGAGUAUAAGUUUUCCACAAAUGGAGGAAUUAGUAACAAGAACAUUCAUUUUCUUUGCCA